UCCCUUAAAAUAUGGAGAAAGUGGGGAGAUGGAACUACUACCUAUUUAGGAAGGUUAACCCAUUCGAGAUCUCAACUUAAAUUCAACUUACCCAACUCUCCACUUUUAGCAGUAAUUCAACAAGGUUUGCAAGAGUCCGAUAACAAUAACACGGAGUCACAUCACUAAUAGUUACAAUCGAAACUAAAUAUCACUAAGUAGUGAUAUCGAAGAUUAUCUGAAUCAUUAAAAAAAAUUUGCAUCUUGUGGACUAAUAAACUGGACGAGUCUUUUACGUACACUUCGUCAGACUAAUUGUGGAUUAAAUUAAAUUAUAUUAUAUUUGUUAAAUUAUAUUUAUAUUUAUAUUUGUUAAAAUUAUAUUAUAUUAUAUUAUAUUAUAUAUAUAGAACAUCAGUGCAUCAAUACUAAACCCAGAAUAUUUGUUGAGUUAAAAUUUGAAAUCUUAAAUUCACUACUACAACUGAACUAUACUGUAUCAGUAAGCUAAGUCAAGUCAUGUUCGUAUUCCCGGCCUUUGACUCAAACUAUAAGACUCGAAAGAGGACUUUUAAAUGUUGUCAAACUUGUCGUAAUAAACGUGUUAAAUGUGAAAUCACUUCUCGUGAUUAUGAAUCAGUAGGGUGCUUAAAUUGUUCUAAACAUGGUUGGCAAUGUUCAUUAAUUAAGAAACAACAUCAUGAAUCUCAUGAACCCGUACCUUCUUCAAUAUCAACCACUACCACUACUCCAUCAAAUCAGUCUAUUUCGACUUUUAAUCUGAAUACUCCAAGUAGCUUGUCGGUGACCACUGUAAAUACGACAUCUUCGUCACCUUCGAGUUUCUAUGUCAAGCAAGAGUACGCUUACCAACAGCCACCUCCAGCACCACAGCAGCAACAACCACCGCCACCACAACAACAUCAACAGCAGCAUCAACAGCAGCAUCAACAACAUCAACAACAUCAACAACAUCAACAACAUCAACAACAUCAUCCUGUGCCGGCUCCGCCUGUACCGGCCCAAGAAUCAACUCAUGAUCCUAUGAAACGAGUAACUCCUCAAUACUUAAAGGCUAAAUUCAAUUUCAAUAUAUCCGGCCAAGAUUCAGAUUCAACUUAUCAAUACCUUUUCCAUGGUCAUCCUAAAGUGAUUAUCUCUAUGUCUGAUGAUCAAUCUAUUUGGCAUGAAUCAGGAGUGUAUGUUAAGAAUCCAUCAGAAGAAGAAGAGCCAUCCUCAGGUAAUGGUAAUGGUAAUGGUAAUGGUAAUACUAAUAAUACUAACACUAAUACUACGAAUACUAAUACUAAACCAUCCUCAUCUAAUUCAAAUACUGUAAAUACAUUAACUCAAAGUGAAUUUAAAAAAUCAUAUAAAAUUAAAAACUUUGGGAAUGGUAAAGAUAAAGAAUUUUAUAUUAAGAAUCCCAAGACUUAUCAAUUUUUAAAAUCUAUUGAUGCAUUUACUUUAUCAUCAAGUAAUUAUCCUAUAACCCAUUCAGAAACUAAACAAUUAAUUGAAUUAUAUUUCUUUAAAAUUAAUUCAGUAUUCCCAUUAGUUCAUGAACAAGGAUUUUGGGAUGAUUUUAAAAAUAAUAAAGCCCAAAAUGUAUUAUUAUAUUCAAUAAUUCUUGUUAUAUCUCGAGAUAAAAUGGCAGAACCAAUACUUAAACAAAUAUUUCUGAGAGGUUUAGGUUAUGAAUUAAAUGAAAUUCAAUUUCAACAAGAAUUAAUUUCAUUUAUGACUGAUUUACAUUAUAAAAUUCGACAAUUAAUGUUAAUUUUACCUCAAUUAGGAGAUUCUGAUAAAUUUUCAAGAAUUGUAAUUCAUUUAGUACUUUCAUUACAUUUUGCUUAUGAUAGAUAUGGAUCAGAACAAUCAUCUCAUGAUUUAAGUGCUGCCAUAAAUCUUGGUAGUGCCAUUGGAAUUCAUAUGAAAAGGUUAUCAAGUCAAAAGAAUAUUGAAAAUUUUAAAAUAGAAUAUUCAAAUAAUCUUUGGUGGUGUUGUUAUAUAUUUGAUAGAUUUAAUGGAUUAACCAAUGCCAGACCAGUAUUUAUUCGUCAAGAAGAUUUUAAUAUUGAUUUACCUUAUAAUAAUAUUAAUUUACUUAAAAUGGUUCAAUUAGCUAGAUCAUUAGAAAAUAUGUUUUUUGCAAUUUUUCAACCAUUUAAUAAUAAUAAUGUUAUUGGAAAUAAUAAUAUGAUAAGAUAUAAAAUGUUUAAUUCGGAUGAAUUUCAAAAAAUUGAAUUUGAAACUUGUGAAAAGGAAAGAUCUAGACCAAUAACUAAUCAACUGGGGAAAUUUUAUUCAUCAAUUAAGAAUGAAUAUACAACCAAUACUAUACAUUUUUUAACUAGAAUUGUUAAUAAUGUUAUUAUACUUGCAUCACAAAAGGCUAAAUAUGAUAAUCCACAAAUUCCUAAUAAUAUUCCUGAUUUAAUUAGUCAAAGAGCGGCUUCAAAUGUUUUAUGGUAUAUGAUUCAAAUGCAAGAUGAUUUAAAAUUUAAUAUUCCAAUGAGUCCAUGGUGUAUGUCAUUAGCCAUGGCCGUAGCAUUAAAGAAGAAAGCUAAAUUAUCUCUUAAAUUUAAUAAUCCAACUACUGGUAUAAGUAUUUCUCAAUUAAGUAAUGGAUCAGAUAUUGAUACAGGAUUUGAAGAUAAUUUUGAAUUUGAAGAUUAUUUUAUUGAAUUAGGUAAAUUCUCAUCUACUUGGUGGAUUGUUGAUGAAAUAUAUCGAUUAACUUAUGAUUUUAUUGAGACUCUUAAUACCAAAGUUAAGAAUAAAAAGCGGAAAUCUUCUGGUAAAUCAUCUUCAGUAAGUUUAUCAACUUCUAUGAAUGGAGGUACAACAUCUAAUUCAAAUUCAAAUUCGAAUUCUCGAAAGAGAUCAAAAAUGGAUAUUUCUAAUAGUACAACUAAUAGUGCAUCUACUAGUAAUCGUAGUAGUCUUAAUGAUAAUACUAAUGCCAAUGCCAAUGUAUUUGAAGAUCCAAUUUGGUUAAAGAAAUCAAUUCCAUCUCCGGUCAUGAAGAAUCAUUCACCCUUCCCAAUUGCAUCUCCAAUUCCUAAACCUGAUUCAAUUCCUUCUAUUAAGAAUAUGUUACAGCCUACUAUACAAACUCCACCUGAAUUAACAUCCCAUUUAUUAAAUGCUAAUAAUAUGUUGGGUAAUAAUAAUAGUACUAAUACUAAUACUAAUUCUAAUGGCAAUGGCAAUGGCAAUCCCAAUAUUAAUCCUAAUAUUAGUAUGGGUAAUAGUAUUCCUAAUACUAUGAAUAAUAAUACUAAUAUUAAUAUGACUAAUAUGUCAAAUGGAUUUAUACCAGGAGGUGCUAGUCCUGGUGAAGGAUUUAAUAAUGGCACUAAUAAGCCAUUGUUUGGUAGUGACUCAUCAUUCAGUCCAAAUAGUAUGAGCUCAGGAGAUGCUAAUCAAUAUGAUCAAUAUUUUGAAUCUAUGCAAAUAGAUAUUUUCAAUAAUGAUUUCUUUAAGGAUGUUCCAAAUGUAAUUAAUCUAUUAAAAUAAUUUUACUUUGUAUAUUAAG